AUGGUGACAGUGCCAGGAUCCAUGCAAACAGCAAUGGAGCUGGUAGUUAACAGUGCAACAGGUGCCAGUGUGGCUCAUAAUGGGCAGGUCUGCAGCACAUGGGGAAACUUCCACUUCCACACAUUUGAUGGUGAUUUUUUCCAGCUGCCCUACACUUGUAACUACAUCCUAGCCACCAUGUGUGACAGCACACAGUCUGAAUUUAACAUCCAGCUGAAGAGACAGUUUGUGAAUGAGCUUCCCACCAUUAGCUCAUUUACCAUAAAGCUAGAGGGGACUGUGAUUACGCUUCUCAAUGGCAACCUUACAGUAAAUGAACAAGUAUUGAUCAUUCCAGGUUAUUAUAAUGGAGUCCGGAUUGAAAGAUCAACUAGCUAUAUCAAGAUAAGUUCCAAGUUGGGAGUGACAGUGUUCUGGGAUGAGGAAAACUCAUUCUCGAUUGAGCUCUCAACCAAAUACAGAAAUCAGACAUGUGGGCUCUGUGGUGACUUUAACGGCAUUCAGCAAAAUGAGUUUACUAAAAAUGGAGAGCAGCUGAGCUUACUUGAUUUUGGUGAAAAAUGGAAGAUGGAUGCACCCACUGAGAUGUGUCAACAGAUGGAGCAACAGAAUCAUGACUGCAAAAAUGAGACAAGCAUAUGUGAAGAGCUGCUUGCCAAUGAAGCAUUUGACAGUUGCCGUAACUUGCUGUCCACAUCAGUGUUUGUGGAUGCAUGUGUGAAAGAUCUGUGUCAGUGCAACAGCAGCGAUCCUAUGUGCCUGUGUGACACUAUAUCUGAAUUCUCGCGCCAAUGUGCCCAUGCUGGCGGCAGACCACAAAACUGGAGAACCAAGGAGUUCUGUGGAAUACAAUGUGAGCUCAACAAGGUGCACAGUGAGUGUGGAAGUCCAUGCCCAGACACAUGUUCAAACCAAGAGGGAAGCAUGCUCUGUGCAGAUCACUGUGUGGAUGGAUGCGUCUGUCCAGAAGGAACUGUUUUUAAUGACAUUGAGCAAACUGGCUGUGUUCCUGUUGAUAACUGCCCCUGCAUUCACAAUGGCAAGACCUAUCAAGCAGGGGAAUUUUAUACAAGAACUUGUCAAGAAUGUGUGUGUUCGAAAGGACGAUGGAACUGUACAAAUCUGGACUGUCCUGGCACCUGCUCUUUGCUGGGAGGAUCUCAUAUCACCACAUUUGAUGGCAAAGCUUACAGAUUCAAUGGAAACUGUGACUAUGUACUCUCCAAGGGGGACACUUCGGGUAAUCUAGCUGUGCUUGGUCAUCUGGCGCAGUGUGGGCAGACAGAAACUGAAACAUGUCUGACUUCUGUCAAGUUAAGAAUGUCAACACGCACUGUAACUAUCACAUCCAGUGGCAGUGUACUUAUAAAUGAAGAUGUAACCAAGCUUCCAGUUUUUAGUGAACAAGUGACAGUCUUUAGCCCUUCUACAUUCUUCAUCAUUGCCCACACUUCAAGUCUUCAGAUAGUGAUCCAGCUGGUUCCAGUUAUGCAAGUCUACCUGGAAGCCAGUCCUGAACAAAAGGGGAAAUUAAGAGGUCUGUGUGGAAACUUUAAUGACAUCCUAGCCGAUGAUUUUAAGGCAGAAUCUGGACUCAUUGAGGGAACAGCUGCCACAUUUGCCUUUACAUGGAAGACGAUGACAAACUGUCCAGAUGUUAGUAACAAUAAUCAAGACCCCUGUAGUAUGAGUGUGGAAAAAGAGCGAUAUGCCAAAGAAUGGUGUACAAAGCUGGUUGAUCCAACAGGACUCUUUUCUCAGUGUCAUUUUGAAAUUAACCCCAAUUCUUACAAAGAGAGGUGCAUUUACGAUGCAUGUAAUUGUGCCAAUAGUGAGGAGUGUAUGUGCGGAGCCGUGUCAUCGUAUGUCUUUGCAUGUGCUUCCAAAGGUGUAAUGCUGGACGACUGGAGAGAUGUUAUGUGUGGUAAGUUCUCCAAUGACUGUUCCGGUAAUAGGGAGUAUUCCUAUAACCGGAGCAGUUGUGAGCAGACCUGUCGUUCUCUCAGUGGAUAUGACCAUACCUGCCAGGUGACCUAUACAACUGUGGAUGGCUGUGGCUGCACAGAGGGCACCUACCUUAAUGACAUGGAUGAGUGUGUACCUUCCUAUAGCUGCCCCUGUUAUGUAGAUGGUGAGAUAAUCCAACCCACACAGAUUAUCAGCAAGGAUGGAACAACAUGCACUUGCAGAGACGGCAAUCUGCACUGCAUUGGACACCAACAAGAGAUUACCUGUACAGCUCCUAUGGUUUUCUUAAACUGCUCAAAUGCUGGGUCUGGAGAAAGUGGGGCAGAGUGCCAGAAAAGCUGCCAGAACAUGGACUCAAAUCAGUGUGUGAGCACACAGUGUAAAUCAGGGUGUGUGUGUCCUAAUGGAUUAUUUGACGAUGGAAAAGGAGGGUGUGUGACAGAAGAGCUCUGUCCGUGUGCUCAUAAUGGAAAAUUCUAUCAACCUGGUGAGACUUUAACAUCAGACUGCAAUAACUGCACUUGCAGAAAUAGAAAGUUCAGCUGCACAACAGAACUAUGUCAUCGCACUUGCUCUAUCUAUGGUGACAGUCAUUACAUCAGUUUUGAUGGCAAAAGAUACUCUUUCAACGGCAACUGUGAAUACACACUGUCCCAGGAUUACUGCAGCAACAGCCCUGAUGGCUCAUUCCGUAUCAUCACAGAGAAUAUUCCAUGUGGCACCACUGGAACCACCUGCUCCAAGUCUAUUAAAAUCUUUCUAGAGAACACAGAACUGCUGCUGUCAGAGGAGAAGAUUAAAGUUGUUCACCUUGAUAAUGGCACAGAGAUCCCUUAUAAAAUACAUUCUGUGGGGAUAUACUUGGUUAUUGAGGCCAAAAAUGAUCUUGUUGUGCUGUGGGACAAGAAGACAAGUCUAAUGGUCCGCCUUGGGCCAUCAUUUAUGGGCAAAGUGUGUGGACUGUGUGGUAACUAUGAUGGUAAUUCGAAUAAUGAUUUUAUGACUCGAGGUGGAGAAGAGGUUGUAGAGCCAUUUGAGUUUGGAAACAGCUGGAGCAUUUCUACUACAUGCCCCAAAGCCAGUAGUGUCCUCAGCUCCUGUGAUAUGAGACCACACCGACAGGCCUGGGCCAUCAAACAAUGCAGCAUUAUCAUGAGUGAUGUCUUUAGCAGUUGUCACUCAUUGGUGGAGUCAAUACCAUACUAUGAUGCAUGUGUACAAGACACCUGUGCAUGUGAUACUGGUGGAGACUGUGAAUGUUUCUGCACUGCUGUGGCAGCCUAUGCUUCAGCAUGCACUAAGAAGGGGGCCUGUAUAUUGUGGAGGAGCCCAGACGUCUGCCCUUUAUUCUGUGACUACUAUAACUCACCUGAAGGCUGUGAGUGGCACUAUAAACCCUGUGGAGAGUCCUGCCUGAAAACAUGCCAGAACCCCUCAGGAGUCUGCUUCAGCCAACUUCCGCCGUUAGAGGGUUGCUAUCCCCAGUGCCCCUCUGACAGGCCAUUUUUUGAAGAAACAACAAUGAAGUGUGUUCCAAAAGAGCAAUGUGGGUGCGAUGUUGAUGGUAUUUACUACAAUGUUGGAGAUACCAUUCCUUCAAACGAAAAAUGCACAAUGACACAACAAUUGAAAACAACUCCAGAAAUCACCUCAACAACUGAAACAAAGACAUCACCAGUUACAAAACAUGUACCACCAACAACAACUAAAGAAAUAACCUCAUCAUCAUCACCAAUUACAACAGCACCUACAGAUUGCAAGACAAUUUGCCAUUGGUCACAGUGGGUGAACAGCAACUAUCCCAGUUACACCCCAACUGGACAAGAAGUUGAAUCCAUAGCUUCCAGUUGGAAAUCAGGAAUUAUUUCCUGCCAGAAACCAGAAGAAAUUGAAUGCAGGGCCACAGAGUAUAAAGACAUUUCUUUAUCAAACUUGGGUCAAAAUGUGACAUGUGAUGUUUCUGUUGGGCUGAUUUGUAAUAAUGUGGACCAAAGUCACAGACAAUGUUUUAAUUAUGAAAUAAGAGUAAAAUGCUGUGGUCAAACUUGCACAACAACUGUACCCCCAACAACCACGAAAGAAACAGCCUCAAUUACAACAACUGCAGUGCCAGUACCUCCAACAACCACUGAAGAAACAGUAUUCACAACAACUACAACAACUGUACCUCCAACAACUACAGAAGAAACAGCUUCUAUUACAACUACUACAAUACCAGUACCUCCAACAACCACAAAAGAAACAAUAUCCACAACAACUACAACUGUACCUCCAACCACUACAAAAGAAACCGCCCAUAUUACAACUACAGUGACAGUACCUCCAACAACCACAAAAGAAACAGUAUCCACAACAACUACAACAACUGUACCUCCAACAACUACAGAAGAAACUGCCUCUAUUACAACUACAACAGUACCAGUACCUCCAACAACCACAAAAGAAACAAUAUCCACAACAACUGUACCUCCAACAACUACAAAAGAAACAAUAUCUACAACAACUACAACAACUGCCCCCACAACUUCAUCAACACCUUCAGAUUGCAAGGAAGUUUGCCACUGGUCAGAGUGGGUGAACAGCAACUAUCCCAGUUACACUCCAACUGGACAAGAAGUUGAAUCCAUAGCUUCCAGUUGGAAAUCAGGAAUUAUUUCCUGCCAGAAACCAGAAGAAAUUGAGUGCAGGGCCACAGAAUAUAAAGACAUUUCUUUAUCAAACUUGGGUCAAAAUGUGACAUGUGAUGUUUCUGUUGGGCUGAUUUGUAAUAAUGUGGACCAAAGUGACAGACAAUGUUUUAAUUAUGAAAUAAGAGUAAAAUGCUGUGGUCAAACUUGCACAACAACUGUACCUCCAACAACCACGAAAGAAACAGCAACAACCACAAAAGAAACAGUAUCCACAACAACUACAACAACUGUACCUCCAACAACCACAAAAGAAACAGCCUCUGUUACAACAACUGCAGCGCCAGUACCUCCAACAACCACAAAAGAAACAAUAUCCACAACAACUACAACAACUGUACCUCCAACAACUACAGAAGAAACCGCCUCUAUUACAACAACUACAGUACCAGUACCUCCAUCAACCACAAAAGAGACAAUAUCCACAACAACUAUACCUCCAACAACUACAAAAGAAACAACAUCUACAAGAACUACAACAACUGUACCUACAACUACACCAAUUACCAUUUCUACUACAACAACUGCCCCCACAACUUCAUCAACACCUUCAGAUUGCAGGAAAGUUUGCCAUUGGUCAGAGUGGGUGAACAGCAACUAUCCCAGUUACAUUCCAACUGGACAAGAAGUUGAAUCCAUAGCUUCCAGCUGGAAAUUAGGAAUUAUUUCCUGCCAGAAACCAGAAGAAAUUGAGUGCAGGGCCACAGAAUAUAAAGACAUUUCUUUAUCAAACUUGGGUCAAAAUGUGACAUGUGAUGUUUCUGUUGGGCUGAUUUGUAAUAAUGUGGACCAAAGUGACAGACAAUGUUUUAAUUAUGAAAUAAGAGUAAAAUGCUGUGGUCAAACUUGCACAACAACUGUACCUCCAACAACCACAAAAGAAACCGCCUCUAUCACAACAACUACAACAACUGUUCCUCCAACAACUACAAAAGAAACCGCUUCUAUUACAACAACUGCAGCACCAGUACCUCCAACAACCACAAAAGAAACAGUAUCCACAACAACUACAACAACUGUACCUCCAACAACUACAGAAGAAACCACUUCUUUUACCACUACUAAAAUACCAGUACCUCCAACAACCACUGAAGAAACAAUAUCCACAACAACUGUACCUCCAACAACCACAAAAGAAACCGCCUCUAUUACAACAACUGCAGCACCAGUACCUCCAACAACCACUGAAGAAACAGUAUCCACAACAACUACAACAACUGUACCUCCAACAACUACAGAAGAAACCGCUUCUAUUACAACUAAUACAGUACCAGUACCUCCAACAACCACAAAAGAAACAAUAUCCACAACAACUGUACCUCCAUCAACUACAAAAGAAACAGCCUCUAUUACAACAACUGCAGUGCCAGUACCUCCAACAACCACUGAAGAAACAGUAUUCACAACAACUACAACAACUGUACCUCCAACAACUACAAAAGAAACCGCCUCUAUUACAACUACUACAGUACCAGUACCUCCAACAACCACAAAAGAAACAAUAUCCACAACAACUGUACCUCCAACAACUACAAAAGAAACAAUAUCUACAACAACUACAACAACUGCCCCCACAACUUCAUCAACCCCUUCAGAUUGCAGGAAAGUUUGCCAUUGGUCAGAGUGGGUGAACAGCAACUAUCCCAGUUACACUCCAACUGGACAAGAAGUUGAAUCCAUAGCUUCCAGUUGGAAAUCAGGAAUUAUUUCCUGCCAGAAACCAGAAGAAAUUGAGUGCAGGGCCACAGAAUAUAAAGACAUUUCUUUAUCAAACUUGGGUCAAAAUGUGACAUGUGAUGUUUCUGUUGGGCUGAUUUGUAAUAAUGUGGACCAAAGUGACAGACAAUGUUUUAAUUAUGAAAUAAGAGUAAAAUGCUGUGGUCAAACUUGCACAACAACUUUACCUCCAACAACCACAAAAGAAACAGCCUCUAUUACAACAACUGCAGCGCCAGAACCUCCAACAACCACAAAAGAAACAGUAUCCACAACAACUACAACAACUGUACCUCCAACAACUACAAAAGGAACCGCCUCUAUUACAACAACUGCAGCACCAGUACCUCCAACAACCACAAAAGAAACAGUAUCCACAACAACUACAACAACUGUACCUCCAACAACUACAAAAGAAACCGCCUCUAUUACAACAACUGCAGCACCAGUACCUCCAACAACCACAAAAGAAACAGUAUCCACAACAACUAUAACAACUGUACCUCCAACAACUACAGAAGAAACCACUUCUUUUACCACUACUAAAAUACCAGUACCUUCAACAACCACUGAAGAAACAAUAUCCACAACAACUGUACCUCCAACAACCACAAAAGAAACCGCCUCUAUUACAACAACUGCAGCACCAGUACUUCCAACAACCACUGAAGAAACAGUAUCCACAACAACUACAACAACUGUACCUCCAACAACUACAGAAGAAACCGCUUCUAUUACAACUAAUACAGUACCAGUACCUCCAACAACCACAAAAGAAACAAUAUCCACAAUAACUGUACCUCCAUCAACCACAAAAGAAACAGCCUCUAUUACAACAACUGCAGUGCCAGUACCACCAACAACCACUGAAGAAACAGUAUUCACAACAACUACAACAACUGUACCUCCAACAACUACAAAAGAAACCGCCUCUAUUACAACUACUACAGUACCAGUACCUCCAACAACCACGAAAGAAACAAUAUCCACAACAACUGUACCUCCAACAACUACAAAAGAAACAAUAUCUACAACAACUACAACAACUGCCCCCACAACUUCAUCAACCCCUUCAGAUUGCAGGAAAGUUUGCCAUUGGUCAGAGUGGGUGAACAGCAACUAUCCCAGUUACACUCCAACUGGACAAGAAGUUGAAUCCAUAGCUUCCAGUUGGAAAUCAGGAAUUAUUUCCUGCCAGAAACCAGAAGAAAUUGAGUGCAGGGCCACAGAAUAUAAAGACAUUUCUUUAUCAAACUUGGGUCAAAAUGUGACAUGUGAUGUUUCUGUUGGGCUGAUUUGUAAUAAUGUGGACCAAAGUGACAGACAAUGUUUUAAUUAUGAAAUAAGAGUAAAAUGCUGUGGUCAAACUUGCACAACAACUGUACCUCCAACAACCACAAGAGAAACAGCCUCUAUUACAACAACUGCAGCGCCAGAACCUCCAACAACCACUGAAGAAACAGUAUUCACAACAACUACAACAACUGUACCUCCAACAACUACAAAAGAAACCGCCUCUAUUACAACAACUGCAGCACCAGUACCUCCAACAACCACAAAAGAAACAGUAUCCACAACAACUACAACAACUGUACCUCCAACAACUACAAAAGAAACCGCCUCUAUUACAACAACUGCAGCACCAGUACCUCCAACAACCACAACAGAAACAAUAUCCACAACAACUACAACAACUGUACCUCCAUCAACCACAAAAGAAACAGCCUCUAUUACAACAACUGCAGUGCCAGUACCUCCAACAACCACAAAAGAAACAGUAUCCACAACAACUACAACAACUGUACCUCCAACAACUACAAAAGAAACCGCCUCUAUUACAACAACUGCAGCACCAGUACCUCCAACAACCACAACAGAAACAAUAUCCACAACAACUACAACAACUGUACCUCCAUCAACCACAAAAGAAACAGCCUCUAUUACAACUACUACAGUACCAGUACCUCCAACAACCACAAAAGAAACAAUAUCCACAACAACUGUACCUCCAACAACUACAAAAGAAACAAUAUCUACAACAACUACAACAACUGCCCCCACAACUUCAUCAACCCCUUCAGAUUGCAGGAAAGUUUGCCAUUGGUCAGAGUGGGUAAACAGCAACUAUCCCAGUUACACUCCAACUGGACAAGAAGUUGAAUCCAUAGCUUCCAGUUGGAAAUCAGGAAUUAUUUCCUGCCAGAAACCAGAAGAAAUUGAGUGCAGGGCCACAGAAUAUAAAGACAUUUCUUUAUCAAACUUGGGUCAAAAUGUGACAUGUGAUGUUUCUGUUGGGCUGAUUUGUAAUAAUGUGGACCAAAGUGACAGACAAUGUUUUAAUUAUGAAAUAAGAGUAAAAUGCUGUGGUCAAACUUGCACAACAACUGUACCUCCAACAACCACAAGAGAAACAGCCUCUAUUACAACAACUGCAGCGCCAGAACCUCCAACAACCACAAAAGAAACAGUAUCCACAACAACUACAACAACUGUACUUCCAACAACUACAAAAGAAACCGCCUCUAUUACAACAACUGCAGCACCAGUACCUCCAACAACCACAACAGAAACAAUAUCCACAACAACUACAACAACUGUACCUCCAACAACUACAGAAGAAACAAUAUCCACAACAACUGUAUCUCCAUCAACCACAAAAGAAACCGCCUCUAUUACAACAACUGCAGCACCAGUACCUCCAACAACCACUGAAGAAACAGUAUCCACAACAACUACAACAACUGUUCCUCCAACAACUACAGAAGAAACCACCUCUAUUACAACAACUGCAGCGCCAGUACCUCCAACAACCACAAAAGAAACAAUAUCCACUACAACUACAACUGUACCUCCAACAACUACAAAAGAAACAGCCUCUAUUACAACAACUGCAGUGCCAGUACCUCCAACAACCACUGAAGAAACAGUAUUUACAACAACUACAACAACUGUACCUCCAACAACUACAAAAGAAACCACCUCUAUUACAACAACUGCAGCACCAGUACCUCCAACAACCACAAAAGAAACAAUAUCCACAAAAACGGUACCUCCAACAAUUACAAAAGAAACAAUAUCUACAAGAACUACAACAACUGUACCUACAACUACACCAACUGCCAUUUCUACUACAACAACUGCCCCCACAACUUCAUCAACACCUUCAGAUUGCAGGAAAGUUUGCCAUUGUAUUCACAACAACUACAACAACUGUACCUCCAACAACUACAAAAGAAACCGCCUCUAUUACAACAACUGCAGCGCCAGUACCUCCAACAACCACAAAAGAAACUAUAUCCACAACAACUACAACAACUGUACCUCCAACAACUACAGAAGAAACUGCUUCUUUUACAACUACUACAGUACCAGUACCUCCAACAACCACAAAAGAAACAAUAUCCACAACAACUGUACCUCCAUCUACUACAAAAGAAACAGCCUCUAUUACAACAACUGCAGCGCCAGUACCUCCAACAACUACAAAAGAAACAGUAUCCACAACAACUACAACAACUGUACCUCCCACAACUACAAAAGAAACAGCCUCUAUUACAACAACUGCAGCGCCAGUACCUCCAACAACUACAAAAGAAACAGUAUUCACAACAACUACAACAACUGUACCUCCCACAACUACAAAAGAAAUCGCGUCUAUUACAACAACUGCAGCACCAGUAUCUCCAACAACCACAAAAGAAACAGUAUCCACAACAACUACAACUGUACCUCCAACAACCACAAAAGAAACAACUUUAACCACAUUUCAUGGUCUGUUAUGUAUAAUGAAACUGAUGGAGCAGGAUGGUGUUUUACCGCUUAUUGUGAUGCAAAGUGCAAUGUUGACAAAGAAGCACAGCCAUGCCCCACGACUACAAUUGCUCCAACUACAGCCACUUCAUCUACACCCCCUUUAAUAAAACCUUCUUCCACUACAACCCCUUCAACUAAAACCUUGCCUACAACAACUUCAACUAAGACCUUGUCUACAACAACAACUACAAGUGUUAUUCCUCCUAAGGACUGCCAAUACCUUGACCCACCAAAAAAGAAUGGAGAUACCUGGACAGAAAAAUGUUAUGAAAAUACAUGCAUAGAUGGAUCCAUUAAUUCCAAACCUGUGCAAUGUGCCAAUGCAGUACCUACUAAGCCAGUGUGUGUAAAUGGUUUCCCUCCUGAGAAGGUUUAUGAUAAAACUGGAUGUUGCUACCACUAUGAAUGCUUAUGUAAAUGUAAUGGCUGGGGAGAUCCACAUUAUGUCACAUUUGAUGGAACAUAUUAUACUUUCCAAGGAAACUGCACAUAUGUUUUGGUCCAGGAAAUCAUCAAAAAAUAUAAUUUGUCUGUCCAUAUCAAGAACUAUUAUUGUGACACUGUGCACAAAUUAGCUUGCCCUGAAAGUUUAACUAUAUACUAUAAAUCAAAUAAAAUUACACUAGAACAGACAAGAAACCCAACUAUAAAUAAGGUAUUUGUCAAUGAUAAACAGAAGAUUCCAACUUUCUCAACUGAAGACUUCACCAUCACAUCCACUGGCAUUGAGAUGUCUGUAGACAUUCCAGCUAUCAAAGCCAAAAUAAGCUUCAAGGGCAUGAACUUUGCAGUCAACCUACCAUAUUCAUUAUUCUACAACAACACCGAGGGACAGUGUGGUAAAUGUGACAACAACACAGCAAAUGAUUGCAGUCUACGUAAUGGAGAAAUAGAGUCAUGUGAGAAAACAGCAAGUAAUUGGACAGUGAAUGCUUUACCCUGUGCACCUCCUCCUCCAACUACAACUGUUGAAAAAUGUGAACCAGCCAUCUGCGAAAUCAUAAAGAGCAAUGUGUUUGAAAAGUGCCAUGAAGUCCUUCCUCCAGAUAAUUACUUUAAAGCAUGUGUAUAUGACGAGUGCAACAUGAAGAACUUUUCUGGCUGCCUUAGCCUGGAAAACUAUGCUAGGCUGUGUGCUGAGCAGUCUAUAUGUGUUGACUGGAGGAGCCAAACUAAUGGAAAAUGCACAUACAACUGUCCAGCACAUAAAACUUACAUGCCAUGUGGACCAAAGGUGGAACGCACCUGCAAUUCAAUGUACAAUGACAAAUAUCUGCAGUGUGAUACUCAGGUGUGUCAUGACAGUUUCCGAGAAGGAUGCUUCUGCCCUAAUGGCACAACACUCUUUAGCACUUCUGCUGAUGUCUGUGCCAAAUUCUGUGGUUGUAUUGGACCUGAUAAUGAGCCCAAGAAGCCAGGAGAUAAAUGGCAUAAGAACUGCCUACAGUGUGAGUGCAGUGAGGCAUCAAUGGGUGAAGUGUGUGAACCUCUUUUAUGUCCAAUGGCAGAGCCCUGUAACAAACCUGGAUAUGAGAUUAAAAUAGAAGAUUGCUGUCCAAACUGUGGUCAGACAGAAAACUGUGUUCUGUUAAAAAAGAACACCUUCCUGCAGGUCAAUGACUGCAUUUCAGUCCAGUCUGUGGAGAUAGCCUCCUGCUCUGGCAGUUGUGACACCAGCUCAGUAUAUUCAGUGGUAGCUAACACCAUGAUUCAACACUGCUCCUGCUGUCAGGAUCAACGCACCAUCAGCAAGCAAGUGGAGAUGCGCUGUCCUGACAACCGCCAGAUCACCUACACCUACACCUAUGUAGAAGAGUGUGGCUGCCAUGUGACUGAGUGUAAAGACAAAAAGCAGGGAUAACAAUGCAUUACAGUCUGUGGUUUGGACUGGGUAAAAGCUGAUCAUGAUAUAUUGUGACAGACUGAGUAAGACUUAAAAUAUACAUUUAUUUGAUUUUUACAUUUUAUAUGUAAUACCUUUACAGAUUAAUAUUUUGUAAUCAAAUUGCAUGUUUUUGGGAAAAAAGGGGAAAAGAAUACAUAAGGCUGUUCUCUAUGUAACCAAUGUACAUGUACAUGUUGGGAACUGUACUGUUGAUGAUAUUCUAUACAU